AAACCAACAUUUCAUAACUCUCUCUCUCUCUCUCUAAAUUCACAUGUUUUGUUCUCUAAUAAUGGGUCUUUUUAGAAGAAUCAUCCCAUUAAUUUGUUUAGCUCUAUUAAGCUAUGCAAGUGCUUGCUCUAAUGGAGCAUGCAAGCUACAUGACAGUUGCUCCUCUAAUGGGGAUUGUGAGCCCGGUCUAUAUUGCUUCAAUUGCCAGCUCGAAUUCUCUGGUUCACGGUGCGUCCGGUCCACUGUUUCUAACCCCUUCGAGAUAGUUAACAACUCACUGCCAUUCAACAAGUAUGCAUUUCUCACCACACACAACUCCUUCGCCAUCGACGGAGAGCCGUCACACACCGGAGUUCCGCGCGUCACCUUCGACAAUCAAGAGGACACUGUCACACAACAGUUAAAUAAUGGUGUGAGAGCCUUAAUGCUGGAUACUUAUGACUUCAAAGGUGAUGUGUGGUUGUGCCAUUCAACAGGGGGGAAAUGCUAUGAUUUUACUGCAUUUGAACCUGCUCUAGAUACCAUGAUGGAAAUCGAAGCCUUUCUGUCGGCGAAUCCAUCUGAAAUCGUCACGCUGAUAUUAGAAGACUACGUACAAGCUCCGAACGGACUGACGAAAGUAUUCAACGAAUCAGGAUUGUUACAGUACUGGUUUCCUGUUUCGAAAAUGCCCCAAAAUGGCGAGGAUUGGCCUCUCGUGAGCGACAUGGUCGCGAACAACGAGCGCCUCCUCGUAUUCACUUCGAUCCGGUCGAAGCAGGAGACCGAAGGGAUAGCCUAUCAAUGGAACUUCAUGGUCGAAAAUCAAUAUGGAGAUGAUGGAAUGGAAGCUGGGAAGUGUUUUAACCGCGCAGAAUCGUCGCUGCUCAACGACACAACGAAAUCUUUAGUUCUCGUAAACUAUUUUCCGACGAUUCCUGUGAAACUGACGUCGUGUUUGCAGAACUCAAUGGGCCUUGUGGACAUGCUCAAUACCUGCUACAUCGCAUCGGGUCACCGCUGGGCUAAUUUCGUAGCAGUUAACUACUACAAGAGGAGUGAUGGGGGAGGUGCAUUUCAAGCCACUGACAUGCUAAAUGGGAGGCUUUUGUGUGGAUGUCAGGAUGUUCAUAAUUGUUCACAAUGAUCUACACCUGGAGCAUGCUCUUCUACAAUAACCCAAUAGGAAGAGAAAAAAAAAAAAAGAAGAAGAAAAGAUUAUAACAUUGUGUGUGGUAUCUCCAUUUUCUUGUUUAUAAUUAUAUAAUUUAUGUAUAAAUUUGUUGUGACAGUUUUUUAUAUUUUUUUUAUGACAGUUAAUAUCUAUUAUAAUCAAUUAGUA